CGGAACUAAAAUAAAGUAGAAAAAAGAUGACACUAUACGAUAGUUAUUUCCUUUAUUUGAUAUUUCUGUCUUUUUUAUUGGUUAAAGUAAUAUAAUUAUUCAAUUUAAUUAUGUGUGUCAAUUAAUUGAAUUGAAAAAAAUACGAUCUAAAGAUUCGAAAUCGGAAUUUGAUAAUUUUUCAUGGAAACACAUGUUAUUGCUAUAUAAUUAGUAGUCGAUGUUUAUAGAUGGCGGGAUAGGAAGAUGAGGAAAGUGAGGAAGGUUUAGCCGUGAGAUACGUGUUGAUGUUUACAAACUAAAAGUUUCAUGGAAUUGCAGUUCCAGUAUUGGUGGGUUUUAGAUUAUAAAUCUUGCGAUGGCUCAAGCUAAACAUAAUUUGCCAGAAACAUCUAAUGGUACCUUGAAGGAAAAAGAAAAAGACAAUAACGAAGAUAAAGAAGUAGGUUCUGUUACGAUACCAGAAUGUGCAGUUUGUCUUCAACCUUGUAUACAUCCAGCUAGAUUACCUUGCAAUCAUAUAUACUGCUAUUUAUGUGUAAAAGGUGUUGCUAAUCAUAAUAAAAGGUGUCCUAUGUGUCGUCAAGAAAUGCCAUCUGAUUUUGUUGAAAGACCGCAAUUAGUAGAAAUUGAUGAAGUACAAAAAGAAUUAGAACGACCCGAGGAAGAAUAUCAAUGGUUUUAUGAAGGCAGAAAUGGAUGGUGGCAAUAUGAUCAACGUACAAGUCUUGAAUUAGAAACUGCUUACAAACAAGGGAAGAGGACUUGUGAAUUAUUAAUUGCAGGGUUUUUAUAUAUUGCGGAUUUUGGUUCUAUGCACCAAUUACGUAGGAAUGAUCCUUCUAGGAGAAGAAGAAUUAAACGGGAUUUGUAUAAUGUUCCAAAGAAAGGAGUUGCUGGUUUAAGACUGAAUGCUCAAGAAGAAGAAAUGAUUAGAGAAAUAAGAGGCGCAGAAAGGCCAGCAAGUCCUGAGAGUGAUACAAUAAGUGGAGAUGGUACUAGUACUCCUAUACCUCCAAGUAAUACGCCGCAAACACCGGCUGGUGGAACUGCAAGUGGAGAUGCUACACCAUUAAAUGAUAGAAUAGAUCAAAGAUCAGAUUCUUUACAUCAGGUUCUAGAACAAAUGCGUUCAUUAGUAUUAAGAGAACAUUUAUCAUUUAAUAGUAAUAAUGAUCUUGAAGAAACAGCAGAGGAUGAAUCAAUAUCUGAACAUUCUAUACUUUCUUGCUUACCAACAUCACAUGAAUCAGAUGAAGGUCAUUUGUAGAAAAUAGAGAUAUGAAUUUGACCCUCUUACUUAUAAUGUAUCAAAUUAUCGAGAAAUGCAACCAAAGAAACAUGUUAUGGUUGAAAAUCACAAAUAUAAUAUCAAGAAAUAAAUAUUCUGUGAUAUGCUACAAUGUGCAGAGGGUCCUUUAAUAUCAGCUUGGGAUUGAUAAAAAAAAAUUCUUAAAAUUUAAUUCAAGAAAAUAUUCAAAUUAUUCAUUACGUAUAAUAUCGAGACAUAGAUCAGCACUUGUAAAACAGUAUUGAUGAAAUCAACUAAUAUAAUAUAUAACUUAAGUGUUCCUAGUAUUCUUUUAAUUAGAUAUAAAUGAAAUAUAAAAAAUAAUUUUGGAUUAUAUAAUGAAAUAAAUUAGGUACUUAAAGUUUCUCUGGAAAUAAAACAUUUAGUAUAUUUAUUAUCGAAUAUGUCAUUCAUUCCAGGAGAAAUAUUCAAAUAUAAUGAACUACUUGAAAUACCAAGAUUACUUUCAAGUUUGAUAUAAUAUAUUCUAAAAUAAAGUGUUCAUCUGUGCAACGAAAAUUAUAGUAGUAUGAAUCUCACUUAUUUUUACAGAAGAUGUUAUUGUAUCUAAUUAUGUACAUAGAUUUAUUGUGAGAAAUACAUUAUGAUAUUUUGCAGAACAUAAA